GGUCCGGGCUUUAAGAGGGCCGCCGCGUGGGCUCCGUGGUUCUGCCGCUCUUUACCUCCGGCUGCGGUUUUACCUUCAGGGAACCGUCUGGGCUGUGAUUUAGCGCUCUUCGGGAGCUGCCUUUUCUCCGGUCUUCUGCACGACGCGCUGUUACAGUGAGCGGGCCGCUGCUGGCCAUUCCUCCUGGAGUAUCCAGAGACCUUCAAGAAGUGAAGACUCUACUGCUCUGCAGAGGAGAGGGGUCCUUUCAGCCAUGAAGCCUGUGUUGAACCUCUAUCUCUUAGGUGUGGUGCUGACCCUGCUCUCCAUCUUCGUUAGACUGAUGGAGUCCCUGGGGAGCUUACUGCAGAGCCCGCUGCCUGGGAGCUCCUGGACCGCCAGAGGUCAACCAGCCAGCACCGAGCCCAAGGGUGUUCCAGACCAUCCAUCCAGAGGGGUGUGAUAAGCCCUCUCUCCACCAGCUGUAACCUUGGAACAGGCAGGUGUCCAGUUCCUAGGCAGGAAAGCUCAGAACCUCGGUGUUACCAGAACUGUUACCAGGCCCAUGAAAGGCCUCCACCUGGAUGCUUCUUGCCCUGGAAGAAGAGCCUGUCUAAUAUACAGGUGUUAGUGGGUUGCCUGUGACUGCGAUGGAAUGCUUUCCCUGUUCUCCCCAGGGUCUGCUGUACGUGCUGGUAUCCUUAGCAACAUGGCUCUGAUGCCUCUUAGGGACUUGUGCUUCAUAUUCAGCUGUUGGGAGAUGGUGUUGUCUUCAUCUCUGCUUCAUCAACAUCGGCCAAGAGUUCCUUCGGGCUUGGGUGUCUUAUGGUCAGUUUAUGUGGUAGUCAGCUUCUCUUCAUGAGAGCUUGUCUGUGUCUGGAUGACAAUUGAAGUGGUGUAUGGGUUGGCUGUAGGGAGGGGGAUGAUGAAAUAGUGUCCACCUCUCAUUGUUUCACAUGGUAGAGUCCUUUCUCCAACAGAGCACGUGUGCAUGCAUAUUGGUCUGAAGGGGGCAGUAGGAUGACAAAGCCUGCGUUAUGGCCACCAUGUGGCUUAAAUGAAUUUUUCUAAUGAAAUAAAAAUUGAAUAUAUACUUCUA